GCUGCAGCCCGCGGCUGGUGACUUGGAGACUGGGUUGGAGUAGGACCUGCAGCGCGCUCGGAGUCUCCAACUUUCUACCUCUCCCGCGCUCUAGCCCGCGGGCCAUGCCCCGCAGACACUGAGUGGGCACUGCCCCAGGUCGGCUGGGGAAGGGCAAGGCUGCGCGCGGCACCGGCCAUGGGCAGCUUCCAGUUGGAAGACUUUGCUGCCGGCUGGAUCGGAGGUGCAGCCAGUGUCAUCGUUGGCCACCCUCUGGACACAGUCAAGACUCGCCUGCAGGCUGGUGUCGGCUACAGGAGCACCCUCGGCUGUAUCCGCACCGUGUACAGGCGGGAGAGUGUGCUUGGCUUCUUCAAGGGAAUGUCCUUUCCCCUGGCCAGCAUUGCUGUCUACAACUCGGUGGUGUUUGGGGUCUUCAGUAACACGCAGAGGUUCCUCAGCCAGCACCGCUGUGGGGAGCCCGAGGCCAGCCCUCCCCGAACGCUGCCAGACCUGCUCCUGGCCAGCAUGGUGGCUGGCGUGGUCUCCGUGGGGCUGGGUGGACCCGUGGACCUCAUCAAGAUCCGACUGCAGAUGCAGACACAGCCCUUUCAGGCAGCCAACCUCAGUUUGAAGUCCGGGGCAGCGGCUCUUGGGGAGCAGCCAGCAUACCAGGGACCUGUGCACUGCAUCGCAACCAUCGUGAGGAGUGAGGGCCUGGCGGGGCUGUACCGGGGGGCCAGCGCCAUGCUGCUGAGGGACGUCCCAGGCUACUGCCUCUACUUUGUCCCCUACGUGUUCCUGAGUGAGUGGAUCACACCCGAGGCCUGUGCAGGCCCCAGCCCCUGUGCUGUGUGGCUGGCGGGUGGCAUGGCAGGAGCUAUUUCUUGGGGGACAGCCACUCCUAUGGAUGUCGUGAAAAGUCGACUCCAAGCUGACGGGGUUUACUUCAACAAAUACAAAGGUGUCCUGGACUGUAUCUCUCAGAGUUACCGGAAGGAAGGCCUUCAAGUGUUUUUCAGAGGCAUCACCGUGAACGCUGUGCGGGGCUUCCCCAUGAGCGCGGCCAUGUUCCUUGGGUAUGAGCUCUCGCUGCAGGCUAUCCGCGGGGACCACGCGGUGACCAGCCCGUGAGCACCAGCAGCUUCAACAGCCCUCAGAGAGAAGUGCUUUGAGCUGCAUCAUGCAAAUGCCUUGACCCAUACCCAGAAGCGAGGACUUGAACGAGGGGACCCACCUCUGCUGAGAGAGCACCAUCUGCCACCUCCCUACUGAGCCUGAGUCUGAGAGCCGCCCAUGGGGCUCUGCCACCGUUCUUUGCCUCCUGUGCCUUCUCCUUUCUCUUUCUCAAUGCAGAAAGGUCACCGCAGCCUGAGAGAGCUCCUGAAAACAGAAAUCUGGGCAAGUGACUCCCUUGCGCAAAUGCCCUCGGUGGCUCCCCAUUGCCCUCUAGUGAAGCCUGUCCUCAGCACUGCCCCCUUCUCCAGCCUCUCUUGUCCUCUGUCUCACUCUGGGGCUCUGCCCAUGCUGCUCCCUCUGCCUGAUACCCUCUUCUUGUUCCUUUCAAUUCUUUGUCAUCCAGGCCCUGGGGCAGCGGCCUUCUCCUGCAGGUUGCCUGCUUGCUUUCUUGUGCCUGCUCUAAGUCCCCUCCCC